AGUCAUUAUAGAGAAACAAAUAAUAAACAUUAUGGAAUCAUACCCAGUGUGCCUGUGAAGGAAGAUGAUGUCUGUUUUGAUUAUGCUUCUCUUAUUCAAUCUAAUCAAUCCUAUUAUAAUUUUACUUCACCCCUUUAUUUUCAUACCCACUGGUCAACGAAAAUGACCAAACGCUUGACAGAUAAUCAAUUAGCUGCGAUUCGGUCCUUUGUUGCCACUCAAGCUAGUCAGAACCAGCUUUUAUUUUGGAUCUCUAAAAGAGAUAAAGUGAAUCUAUUACAUGCAGAUAGUUUAUGGCAUCAAGUAAAAGCUAAAAAUGUACAGUUGAAGAUUAUAGAAACAGAGACAGAUUUAUUUCAAAAGACUCCUUUAGAAGGCAUGGAUAAAGACGGUUUUUUAGAAGACACAUUAAAAUUAGCAGCACUUUAUAAAUAUGGAGGCCUUUGGUUUGAUUUAGAUGUGUUAUUUAUUAGAGACAUGAGUCCCUUAUUUCAUCAGGAAUGGCUAUCACAAGCAAGCUGUUUUGAAAGAUCUAAAUUUGCAUCAUCUAAUACAGUAGAUAGCCGGUUUUCAGGUGCUUUCAUGUAUUUCCAUGCACAAUCACCGUAUCUAUGCGAAAUGAUGAGUGUCGCCUCAGAUAUGUUGAAGGGUGUUAUUCAGUUGACAUCAUUAAGAGAUCACCUUUAUGCUCGUGUGUAUUAUCGUGUCCUGCGUCAUCGAAUAGCUCCUUGGGCGGUUUUACCUUGGUGUUUCACAGAUCCAACUCAAUGUAGAAGAUCAAAUUCAUUACCAAGUUUAUUU